UUUGUAGGGGGGAUUGAAUCGAGAAACAGACAGAUGUGGCUUAGGUGGGUAACCAACCCCUCCUAAUAUAGUUUCAUAGAGUUAUCUUUGAAAGGCUAACCUUGCGUUGGAGUAGUUUAGAGGUCGGUUAUUGGAGGUGACCAACUUCUAUUAUUUUUGUUAACGUACCAAUUCUUAGGUGUUCGAAGCUGGAGACUUUAGGAAACCACCUGAUCCAGAUAGCAAGUUCUUAACUUUCCUGGAAUACUAAUUAAGAAGGAUAUAAGAGGUGUAAUAUUGCCUCCUUUACUUUUAGGCACAUUGGUGAACUACUCCAAACUCUUACUUUUUGUUUUUUGUCCCCUUCUUUCUGUAUUUGCAUUGACAACAUGUGUUGCACACGAGAAAUGUUGGAAUUUGGAAAUAAUAGCUAUGAUCAACAAAAGGUCGAUCUGCCCAUAAUUAUUUGGUCUAGACUCUAGCGUAAUAAAUCUUCCUCUGAUAAGUUGGAGUUUCUGAGUACGACUCUCGUAGUCGUAUAUAGAAGUUCCAGUUGUUGUAGAGUCUAUCCAGUAAUUCCUCAGAUGGGUUGUAACUACAGGAGUUUCGGUUCUCAAAUGAGUAUUGAAGUUAUAAAAGAAGUGGCUCUGUAACCCUCUGUAAAAUUAAAUUCUUUACUUGGACCCUUUAUCAAGAGUGUUUUUCUUAUAUGAGAUUAACAUUCCUUCAUUCCUUUAUCUUGAAAACUUUCGAACAGAUUUUCAGCUAUUAACCAACCAAGAAGCCCCAAAACAUCAGAGUUGACGUAUGGGAUUAGAGAUGGGCUCCAAACACAGAUGUCAAAUAAUGCUAAUCUCACCUACUUAAACCCGCUCUGCUUAUACAGAUCAAGUUCGUUAAGGUAGUUCAGCUCCAAAACCAAACUCAAAUCCAACUUUUAUUUUUAGUCCUCAUCGGUUCCACUGGUUCUUAAUCUCCUUCAUCUAUAAAUACUCCCAUAGUUAACAGAAGCAAGUCAUUAAACCCACUGUUUCUACUUGGCUAAAACACAAGCUUGUGCAAACAUUCAACUCCAACAAAAGCACUAAUUUGAUUCCCACCUAUAUACUAGCAAUGGCGAUUUCAGUGCCUUCUCCCUGUCUGGUACUCAUGGUCUUGGCAAUGGCUGCUGUCUCGGUUAUGCCAGUUGUCUAUGGCCAAGUUGGCACCCCUUGCUCUGCUGCUACAAUUGCGAGCUUCAGCCCCUGCAUGAACUUUCUUACUAACAGUACCGCUAACGGUACUGCACCAACCGCAGACUGUUGCAAUUCGCUUAAGAAUCUCACAGGUACCAGCAGGGACUGUAUGUGCCUCAUUGUAACUGGAAGUGUUCCCGUUCAACUACCGAUCAACCGUACUCUCGCCAUCUCUCUUCCUCGUGCUUGCAACACCCCUGGCGUCCCACUCCAAUGCAAAGCCACUGGUACACCUCUUCCUGCUCCAGGUCCUAACUCUCAAGUACCAACUUCUUCUCCUGGAGCUUCACCAUCUGCCAGUCCAACAGCUUCUACUGUCCCUGAACCCACCUCAUCUGCUGAAUCACCAGAAUCAGACAGACCACCAUCAUCAACUGGGGGCUCUGGAGCUCCAACAGCUACUACUGGGAGCCGCCCAGCUCUGACUCCAUCGGCUGCCAAGCCUUCUUACUCUCUGUCACCUUCUCUUCUGCUAUUUGCUUCAGCAGUUCUGGUGUUGAAGUUUUACUAGGUUGAUCUUGUGCAUCCUUACUUCUUUAUGCAUCUAUUGAUAAUUUGAUACACAGUAUGAGAAAUAUUCUUUUGUGAGUGUGUGUGACUAUUGUUUUUGGCUACUUCAGAUCAUUGUAAGCCAUGUUGGCUAAUUAUUUACAAAAACAUGAUUUUUUGUAUUAUAUAUCUUGAAUCAGUACAAGUA